UGAUGAGGUCACAAGUGGGGCUCCCCUCUCCCCCACCCCUGGUUUCCUCAGUCAGGCAGAGGAACCAGAGGGAAAAUCCACCUUCCCGAGCACAGCCAUACCAUCCAUCCCAUCUGACUACUUGUCAAGUUCACUACCACCACCAGGGGAUCUAAAAACACAUUAAAGAAUGUCAAGUGAUGAUAAGAAUAAAUCAACUGAUUCCAAGAACUGUGAUCCCAGAUGUGAACAAAAGUGUGAGAACAAAUGCCAGCCCAGCUGUUUGAAGAAGCUGCUACAACGGUGCUCUGAAAAGUGUCCACGGGAAAAGUGCCCGCCACCACCAAAGUGCCCACCAUGCCACCCACCCUGCCCUCGCACCUGCCCCCCUCCCUGCCCCUGUCCCUGCCCUACCAAACCCUGUGUCAAGCCCUGUCCUCCUAAAUGCCCACCUCCAUGCCCCCCGAAAUGCCCACCUCCAUGCCCCCCGAAAUGUCCACCCCCAUGCCCCCCGAAAGGCCCACCCCCAGAGUGAGGCAUCUCAGGCACCAGCUGGCCCACCACGUCCACCAUCUCUGCCACGUUCACCACUGGAGGGCUGAGAGCUAAAGCCAUGAACUGACAAGUAAACGAGUUCCUCUGCUGUGCAAGACUUUCUUCUCCUGGCUAUUGGUUGUUUUUUG